CGUGGGUUUGUUGUUACAGGAAGUAAAGAUGGCGGCUCAGUCCUUACUCUCAGAGUCUGCGAUCGGAUGGUCAAUUUUCACGGUUGUUCUCUUGGCAAUCUUGGCUUUCUGCUGGAUCUACAUUCGCAAAUUUCAGAGUCGGCAAGACAGUGAGGUGGUUUCAACUAUCACGGCAAUAUGUGCACUGGCCAUUGCUUUGAUAACCUCGGCUCUCCUACCAGUCGACAUAUUCCUUGUUUCAUACAUGAAAUAUCCCAACGGUACCUAUAAGGAAUGGGCAGCAAACAAUGAGACAAGAAGCCAGAUUGAAGCCACUGUGUUGUAUGGUUAUUACACUCUCUACUCCAUCAUACUGUUCUUUGUCUUCCUUUGUAUCCCGUUUGUCUACUUCUACUAUGAAGAAAAGGAUGACAGCAAUGUAAACAAAUGUUCACAAGUGAAAAAUGCUCUGAAGUACACAGUUGGAUUUGUCAUUGUCUGCGUGGUGCUCCUGUUAAUUGGAGCAUUUGUUCCACUUGAAGCUGCACCUGGACAAAAUUCCACUCAGUGGGAGAAGGUUCAGUACCUUUUUGAUGAGCUCGGCAGUAGCCAUGGUCUUCCAGCUCUAUCUUUCUCCAUCAGCUCUUUGACCUUGAUUGGCAUGUUGGCAGUGAUCACAUACACUGCAUAUGGGAUGUCUGUCAUGCCUUUGAAUCUGAUAAAAGGCACUCGGAGUGUCGUCUAUGAACGCCUUGAGAACACAGAGGACAUUGACGAGGUUGAGCAUCAGAUUGAAAAUCUCAAAUCAAAGUGUAAGGAUGGACGUCCUCUGUCCUCAAAGGACAGACGUAGCCUACAGGAGCUUGAGGGCAAACUGCAGGUCCUCCAGCGCAGAGGAAGACACCUGGACAUUGCAGAGAGGAACUGCUGCUCUAAAGUUGGCAGUGCUCUCAGACCUGUGAAGAUAAUACUGGGGGUUUUCUUUAUCCUGGUCGCAUUGUUGUUCACUAUUUCCCUAUUUAUUUCAAAUUUGGAUAAAGCUCUGCACUCUGCUGGGAUCAGCUAUGGUUUCAUAAUCUUUGGCACCAACCUGACCAAUCCUCUCAAUGAACUUCUGCUGGCCUUACAACCUCUCUACAAAAUAAGACCAAAGAGAACACGUCCCCAGGCCCUCCUCUUCCUCUGCAUGAUUCUGCUGUUGAUUGUUCUUCACACCAGCUACAUGAUCUACAGUCUGGCCCCACAAUAUGUCAUGUACGGCAGCCAGAAAUAUCUUGUACAGAGUCAGACAUCCUCAACUGAUCCAGGUCCUGGCAAUACUACUUUGAGCACUACAAAGAUAUGUGAUGCAGAUGCACCUGAGGAUCAAUGCAUUGUGACUAGAACCUAUCUUUUCCUACACAAGUUCUGGUUCUUUAGCACCAUCUACUACUUUGGCAACUGGGCUUUUAUUGGAGCUUUCCUCAUUGGACUGGUGGUAUCAUGCUGCAGAGGGAAGAAAUCAGUGAUCGAAGGAGAAGUGGAGGCUGAUGACUCAGACAUUAGUGAUGACGAAUAUGUGCAUUAAAAAAAACAUGUUAUUGAUAUUGUACUCAUAGCUUAUAGGGACUGGAAAGUAUGAUUAUUUAACUAAUAAGAAAAUUGAACUUAAACUGAUUGUAAUAAGUUGGAUUGUUUCAUUAGAUUCCAGGUUUGGUGGAGUUGACACUUUGUUCCCUUUUAAUGAGAGAGCUCAGACUGAUAGUAGCAGAUUCCUCGGUCAAUGUUAGUGAUGGCUCUGGGAUUCUGGGAGUGUCCUCCAGAUUUCGCUUUACAGUCUGACAUAAAUUACUUAUUUUUUAGGAAAACGCUGACAUGAAAUAUUUACUGUUCCAAAGCUCAGUGUUUGGGCUUCUACCUUAGUAUCUUUUGUUUUUCUUUUUUUGUCUUUUUUUUUUUUUUUACUUCCUACAGGUACUCUUUCUAUUCUGCUUAAGUUAUUUAUUCUUGAAAACAUAUACACUGUACCUUGGUACAUAUCUGAAGCCCAGCAGUUGUUUUGCUGAAGACCUGCUUGUUAUAAAAACAAUGAUUUCUAAAAGUUGACAUUCGUAACACUGAAAGGAUGAAUGUUUGCUUUGAUUUGCAUCGGCUCAGAGUGCAGAUGGUGUUUUUUUUUUGUGUUCCUGCCACUGUAGACCCGCCUGAAGUGUAAAAAGUUUAGAAUCAAUUGUAUCUAGUGGGUUUUCAGCUCUUUAAUGUAUAAACUUGGUUUUGCUAUGGGUGGAGAAACAGGAAAAUGAGUAAUGGAAAAAUGUAAGAUAUCAAUAAUUUUUGUUUUCUUUUAAUAAAAACUACACGUCAUUUUGGGUUUCACUUUAGAGGUAAUUGGCUGCACAAUGCGUUGCAUUUAAUUGCUUUUUUUUAGCCCUACACAGAUUUAUUCCACAAUGUAUGUAUCUCAAAUUAAGGGUGAUAAUUAAAGUUUUGAAGCGAAAUGUUUGUGCCUCAUGAAUGCAAGCUGCUAUGAUGGGCACAAAUACCUAAACUUGUCCUAGCUUACGUUACUUUAGAAUUUAGCCUCAAUUCAAGUAUUAGUUUCCUUUUAUUGUUAGGAAAUGAAUGCCAGGUCAAUGUUUGCGAACCAAUUAUAUGAUUGUGAAGAUUUUGGGAAAAUAUGUUAAUAAUUAAUGGUACCUAUAUUUAAAGGAAUAAAAAAAUU